GGAAAUUAUAUAACUCAUCCAGUAAUGCACAUAUUUCCUGUGUAAAGGAGGACAGUCCCAUGAUGUAACAGGUCAGACCAGUAAUACUGUAAGUUUCAGGAACACUGGGUAGCUAUAAAACAGUAUUGAGAGACUACACGGACAACUGCAGACUUAUGCAGAGAGAAACCAAGUGUUGAAUGCAAAGAUGCUGAGAUUUGAGUGUGUGGUUGUGGUCCUGGUCUUAUAUUUAAAAGGUUCCCUUUCCCAGCUCAAUGUAUGUGGUCAUGCACCUUUUAACACCCGUAUUGUGGGUGGACAGAGUGCGUCAGAUGGUAUGUGGCCAUGGCAGGUUAGUUUACAGAGUCCUGCUUAUACUGGUGGCCAUUUCUGUGGAGGAUCCCUCAUCAACAAAGACUGGGUCCUGACAGCAGCCCACUGUUUCUCCAGCACCAAGACUUCUGGCCUGACUGUGUAUUUGGGGAAACAGACUCUAAGUGGCUUGAAUCCCAAUCAAAUUGCAAGAGGUGUUAAACAGGUGAUCCUUCACCCCAACUACAACAGUGCAACCCAAGACAAUGACAUUGCCCUUCUGCUUCUGAACUCGUCUGUUACCUUCACGGACUACAUCAUACCAGUGUGCCUGGCAGGUGAAGGCAGCAAUUUUCCACAUGACAUCCUUAGCUGGAUCACAGGCUGGGGAAGCAUUGCAUCUGGAGUGCCACUGCCAUCUCCUGGUGUGCUGCAGGAUGCAGUGGUGCCUAUUGUCGAUACACUGCUUUGUGAUUUUAUGCUUGGAUUUGGAUCCAUUACCCCAAAUAUGAUCUGUGCUGGUUAUUUCCAAGGAGGAAAGGACACCUGCCAGGGGGAUUCUGGAGGACCCUUGAUGAUUAAGCAGGGUGCAGUCUGGAUUCAAGCUGGUAUCACUAGCUGGGGUAGGGGUUGUGCUCAGCCCUACUCACCUGGUGUGUAUACUCAGGUGUCCCAGUACCAGACCUGGCUAUCCAGUGUCAUAAACCAAAAUCUGCCAGGCUUUAUCAAAUACUAACACAGUGGGAUGAUUGGUGGCCGUACUGAAGGAUCAGACAUGACCAUGUACUGUAUUAUAUAACAUAAGAUGUCUAUAUGUUUUCUAAACAGAUUUAUAUUUAUUUUUUUUACUAGUAUUAAUCUGAUAAUUUAUCUACACAGAGAUUUUGUUGUAAAAAUGAUGAAUGUUGUGAUAAUCAUCUUGUAUGGUGCUACAUGUACAGAGGAUCAUAUUUUUUUAAAUGUACUAUAUUCACUUUAAUUAGCUACUCAGAUAAUUAAAUAGGAAUUUCCUGCAUAAA